AUGGCAUCAAUCGAUACACCCACCACCACCUUCCUUACUAUCCACCGAUCACAAUAUAAGGCAUGGAUAAGCGAACAAGAAACCAAGUACAGCUGCAAGUUCUACAAUAGAAUGAAAUCUAGCAAUCUUAAACAAAGUAACGAAGACUACCUGCAAAAUGGCUAUACGCCAUCAGUCCCACCACCUUUAAAAUCUGGUCAAGAACAAACGCCUUUUAUCUUAUGUGAACGUUAUGAUUGUCAUCAAGCUGGGGGCGAAGGGUCUCUUUGUUGUAAUUGCAAAGCAAGAUUUACGGCCUAUGUUCGCAUCGAGAAUGAAGAAAAAGACAUGAUCACAGUACGAUAUCGCCCUGAGCACACUGGGCAUGUCGCUAGCAGCAACAAUGAUAUGAUUCCUCUGCCACAAGAACAAGCACGGAUCGUCGAUAUGCAUGUUGAAGGCGAGGAAGAGACACCCUCUGCCAACGAUCUUCUUGAACAAGAGGCCGCCUAUGCUAGAUUUUUUGAUGCAUACGAGAGGCUCAAAGCCGAAGUAGAAAAGAUCAUGGCGGGCGAAUACAGUGUGCCUGCACAUGUUUUACACAAGGUUGCAGAUUCGAUCGAGAGAACAACCAACGAAUUAAAAAGAUGGAACGAUGCUUAUGAUCCUUCAUGCGAUAAUAAAUAA